AUGCGACUAAUCGCAGCUGAGACGACUGAUAAAGCAAAAGAAAUCAAAGAGUUUGCAUAUUGGAUCUUUAAAUUUGGAAAUGACGAUCAUCCUGAUUCUGGAGCCGGAAAGUAUGAUGUUCAAAUUUCACCAGAUCUGCUCAUCCCAAUUAGUCCUAACCCAUUAAUGGAAUUGAUUAAAUAUACAUAUCCUGACCUUCCGCACAAAAUGAAAGACAUGCAAUUCUUCCAAGAUAGAGCAAUAUUGGCCCCUACAUUGGAGGUUGUUGAAAUGGUAAACACUUACAUGGUUGGCAUGAUAGCUGCACCAGAACAUGAAUAUCUGAGCUUUGACUCUACCUUGAAAUCUGAUGAGGAUUCUGAAAUCCAAGGAAUGCCUAACCAUAAACUAUUAUUGAGAGUUGGUACUUCAAUCAUGCUUUUGAGAAAUAUAGACCAAGCACCAGGUUUAUGCAAGGGGUCUAGGUUAAUUGUGGAUGAACCUAGUGAACGUUUUAUUUGUGCAACUGCUAUCACGGGAACAAAUGCUAAUGACAAAGUGCACAUUUCAAGAAUGAACUUGGUUCAUUCUUGUGGACUGGGCGGGACAUAA